GGCCUGGGCAAAGUUUUUGCCGUGUUUUCGGUGGUCGAGCAUUGCUUCUGGGAAAGUUAGUGUUCGUCGGUCUGUUGCUCACGACAGAACUGGCAGCAGCAAAUCCAGCGAUACUGCCACGGAGACAGUAAUUUAGGAGGAUUUCUUAUUCUUGCAUGAUGGCGGGUGAGGACGACAUCGAAUAUUUCUUCCUGAAGGAGGACGACUUUGACGAGGUCGUUGCAUUCCUUGCAGAGGACUACUUCCAGAGAGAACCCAUUACCCUGGGCACCCACGCCAACAAGAAGUGCGAGCCGGGCAAGGGGCGCAUGGGCGAGGACGUCCGCAGAUGCCUGAAGUCCGGGUUGUCGGUGGGCGCGAGGGACCGGAAGUCGGGUCAGCUGAUCGGGCUGCGAGUGAGCAACCUGCUGGACAGAGAGAAGCCCUUUAAGUCUACUCAGCCUUGUAAUGAAUUCGAGGAGCUGUACCGCAUCGCAGAACACGUAGUGAAUCACGUGUAUGAGGAAAAGGCAGACAAGUUCCUCAUGCUGUUUCUACUCAGUGUCCAUAAGGAUUAUGGGGCUCGUGGCAUCGCGGGAGAGAUGGUGAAGAUGAGCAUGGAAGCCGGCUAUUCCCAGGGCGCCCAAAUAGCCUUCACUUGCAUCAGUAAUGUGCUCUCGGGAAAGGUCUUCGAGAAACUGGGCUUUAAAAAGGGCUUCGCGCUGGAGUACGAGAAGCCCGGACACGACUUCAAGUUGGACCUGACGAAGAUGCAUGGCAAUAAGGUCGCUUAUCUAGUGACGAAGGAGUUGCCGUGAGACCUUAAGAGAGGAAAUUUGUAGUAUAGUCAUUCUUACGAAGAUUGUUUUUAAAAGUAUUUUUUUAAUACAAAUUUUUUUAAAGCUCAUAACGUAAUCGAAGUAAUGUUUUCGACGGAGAAUUUCUGCAGAUUUAGAUAAGUUUGUUAAAUAAAAUUGUUCGGUAGAGCGAA